AUGGAGAACGACAGAGACUACUUGCUUUCCCUCCGGGCCGUCCGAGAGCAUGCCAACAAAGUCUUGCAGGCUGCGAAGCAGGGAGAUCUGAAGCAUUUCGACUACGAUGAGAGCCGCAUGACUGAGGUUGCAGAUUACGUAUCCAAGGUCAUUGAUCGUGACUUUGGUCCCGACAAGUACCACACAAUUCCGCCGCAUGGUCGCUGGCAGCAUUUCGAUGUUGGGGGUGUUGCUCGUGUCGACUCCCUGAUCAAGCAGUGGUCUAGCGAAGCCGAAGUCGACAAGACUGAGAUCACAAGACGAUUGGUGGAUCUGUUCUUUGUGUCGGUUCUUCUAGAUGCCGGUGCAGGCGAUGUCUGGCGCUACAAGGAGUCCGGUUCUGGUCAAGAAGUCGUCCGCAGUGAGGGUAUCGCUGUCGCCUCGCUUCAUAUGUUUCAGGCUGGCGCUUUCAGUUCUGAUGAUUCAGAAAAGAACAAGGUUGACGGAAAGGGAUUGGUUCAGUUGCAAGAAUCAAGUUUCAACACACACUUCCAAGUCUCGGCUGACAACCUCAUGGUCGGCGUUCCAUCGCGGGUUCAGCUUCUCCAAGCAGUCGGCUCGUCUCUACUAAAGCAGCCAGAUGUUUUUGGGGAGUCAGGCCGCCCAGGAAAUUUGGUCGAUUAUCUCGUGUCAAAGUCUUCUGGCUCCAAGACAUUAGGUUACGAGCAGCUCUGGUCUUGCUUGCAAGCUCUUUUGAUCCCCUCCUGGCCGGGAAACAGAACAGUUUUUAAUGGUCAGCCAAUCGGCGAUGCAUGGCCUCUUGAUGUUCUCGCUAGCAUCGUGGAGAAGGAGGGAGACAACCAGGAAAAGAGCAAGAUCCAACCUUUUCACAAACUUACUCAAUGGUUGGCUUACUCCCUGUCGGUAAUAUUUGAAAGGCAGUUGGGAUACACCUGGGAGAACAUGAAUCUUGGGACUGGGCUGCCCGAGUACCGCAAUGGUGGACUGUAUGUCGAUCUUGGGGUCCUCAAGCUCAAGAAUGAUGAUCUACAAGUUGGAAAGAAAAGUUCGGGCCAGGAGCUACCCCAGUUUGAUGCCUCCUCCGAUGUUAUCGUCGAAUGGCGAGCUAUGACUGUGGCUUUGCUGGACGAAUUACAUAAGAUGCUCCAGGACAAGUACAAGCCUCGUGGGGUGGAGCUGAGCCUUCUUCAGAUGCUGGAAGCAGGAACUUGGAAGUCUGGACGAGAGUUGGCUGCUGAGCUGAGGCCCGAUACAAAGUGCAGCCCAAUCCUGGUUAUCAGCGACGGUACUCUGUAUUAG